GUUUUUCAUUUGCUCACUCACUCCACUUACAGUCGUCGUCGCCGUAAAAUCAAACACUCUCUCCGAUUCCCGAGAAAACUUCCCGCAAAACGAUGUCGUAUGUGCCUCCGCACCUGAGGUCGAGCUCAAGAACCACCACGACAAUCACCACUACCACCGCCACCGAAGCCUCGUCUCGAACCCUAGACGAUCAGAGCAAGCUCUCCUACUCCUCCUCCAACUCUCACUUCAGCAACGACAAGUCGUCGUCCGGUGGUGCUUCCUCCUCCAGCUUCUCUCACUCCAAUGCCUCCUCUCGCUGGAGCUCCGGCGCUCUCUCCCAGGCCAGCAGAGCUCGCCCGGACUCCGUCGUCCCUCAGUGGAAGCCCUCCGACCGCGUCCUCCGCAUGAAUCCUGAUAUGAUUGAAGAGGUUUGUUUGCGGCUUAAUUUGGAUGUUACUGUUAGUUCCGACUCUGCUCCUGCUCCGGCACCGAUCGAGUCUUUUACAGAUAUGUGUUUGCACCCUAGCAUCAUGAAGGAUAUCGACAAUCACGGAUACACCACACCGACAUCCAUUCAGGCUCAAGCUAUGCCGGUUGCUCUCAGUGGGAGGGACUUAUUAGGUUGUGCUGAAACUGGCAGUGGAAAAACUGCUGCAUUCGCCAUUCCCAUGAUACAGCAUUGCUUGGCUCAACCUCCUGUUCAGCGUGGUGAUGGACCACUAGCUCUGGUAUUGGCUCCGACUAGAGAGCUUGCCCAACAAAUUGAAAAAGAGGUCAAAGCGUUUGGUGCAUCUCUCGAGUCCUUCAGAACUGCUAUUGUGGUGGGUGGAACCAACAUAUCUGAGCAGAGGUCUGAGCUACGAGCAGGAGUUGAUGUAGUGGUUGCUACUCCUGGAAGAUUUAUAGAUCAUUUACAACAAGGGAACACUUCUAUCACUAGAAUUUCGUUUGUUGUUUUAGAUGAAGCUGAUAGAAUGCUUGACAUGGGAUUUGAACCACAGAUACGAGAGGUGAUGCGGAACCUUUCUGAAAAGCAUCAAACUUUGCUGUUUAGUGCAACUAUGCCUGAAGAGAUCGAAGAAUUAGCUCAGGAAUACUUGACUAAACCAGUGCAAGUGAAGGUGGGAAAAGUGAGUAGCCCUACAGCAAAUGUGACUCAGACUUUGGAGAAGGUUCCUGAGAGUGAGAAGACUGAUCAGCUAUUGGCUUUGCUCGUAGAAGAGGCAUCUCGGGUUGAAGGAACUGGCCAUCCCUUGCCCUUAACAAUUGUGUUUGUUGAAAGGAAGACGAGAUGUGACGAAGUUGCUGAAGCUUUGGCAGCACAAGGCUUGCAUGCAGUUACUCUUCAUGGUGGUCGUACACAAACUGAAAGAGAGGCUGCUCUACGUGAUUUUAGAAAAGGCACUACCAGUAUUUUGGUUGCCACUGAUGUUGCGUCUCGCGGUUUGGAUGUCUCAGGAGUUGCACAUGUUAUCAAUUUGGAUCUUCCAAAGAGCAUGGAAGAUUAUGUACACCGAAUUGGAAGGACGGGAAGAGCAGGAUCAAUGGGACAAUCUACUUCCUUUUACACGGAUCGUGAUAUGUUCCUUGUGGCAAAUAUAAAGAAAGCAAUAUCAGAUGCUGGAUCUGGGAAUGCUGUGGCUUUUGCAACUGGGAAGACUGCAAGAAGGAAAGAAAAAGAAGCAGCAGCUGCUCAAAAGCAAGCUAGGGUUGCUUUAUCCAAAAGCUCAAUAGCGGGACCAACAUCAGUAAACAUUGAGGACAAGUAUCGGUUCAUGUUUGCGGAUUCGAACAAUAAAAAAGAAGGGGCACAGAUAGUGCUUGGGACGAUUGAUGAAGUCUACCUUCGGUGGGUUUUUAAAAACAAACAAAGAUUCGCUCUCGGGGAUUCAAGAUUGACGUUGGUAAGUAGUUUUGUGGAAGCUAGAAUAGAAGUGCCCCGACUCUCUCUACCGCUCCUUCGUUCCCUCGCAGUCUCCCUUUUUGCCCGUCCACGCCUUGUGGCCUCUGUUGGCCGGAAACAUGCCUGUGAUGCUUUACGCAUGCUUGUCUUACAACCUCUGUAAAAUGAUAGAGGCAUGUUGCUUCUUACUUGAGGCUUGGACUACAAAGGUGUUGAAUACGAGUAGUUCCUUGUACGUGUCCCCGUUUCAGCUCUGUCGUUUUACAUUGUUAGUGUACCCAGUAUCUGUACCAAGGAUGAACGAUUUGACAAUUUUAGAGAUUGUAGGGUUGGCUCAUAGGUUUUGCAUUGUAUAUCUUAAACAUGAUGUUUACCUGAGACGUCUGUAGCAGAAUCAAAUAUUCAAUCUCACGUUUUCGGUCC